GCUACCCUGUUUCCAUUACGAACAUCCCCGGAAGCUGAGAAGAAAAACAACAGUUCAACAUGGAGCGGGAAACACAGGUUAUGGAGGUUUGUGAAAAUGAAGACGAAAGUAGCCUCUCGCCAUCCAAAUUAAACAUGUACGAGGCGCAGUUUUUCGGAUUCACGCCCCAGACAUGUGUUCUCCGGGUCUGUAACGCGUUUCAAGACUGUCUGUACGAUAUUUUACCCGUUGUGGAGAAAGUGUGCGUCCGACAACUGAGCUCUGAAGGGUCUGCCGAGGCCGACGAGCAGCUGAGGACCGGGGCUCGAGAGUGCAGCCGCAAACUGCAGCAGGUCCUGGAGGAGCGCUUCAGGCGGCUGUCGGAGCGCAUGACACCGCUGCUGGUCCAACGGUGCCUCACCGUGCCACCAAAUGUGCUUCUGCCCGAGGACCAGUCACACGAAAAGUACCCCCGGGCCGUGCAGGAGGCCUUCAGAUUGGAGUCGUCCAUUGCUGAGCUCCAGAGAGUGUUUGAAGUGGAGGUGUGUGCCAGGCAGGCGUUGCUGGCAGAGCUGGAGGAGCAGAAGGAGGUGCAGAGACAGCUAGACGAGAUCGUGACAUGGGUCCAAGAGCUGCAGUUUGCUUGGGUGAAGGAAGGUAACAGCAGCUUUCGCGACUGUUUCCGAGUUAUGAUGGAGUCAGUAAAAAAACUGCAGAAAGCCCUCACUGAAGUCUACAACAAGGCACCCCACCAAAUAGACUGAACUCUUUACAGAUAAUUCCUAUCUCUCCACCUCAUAUAUAUGUGUUAUGUGUAUAUAUAUGAGGUGGUUGUCACACAUUGUCUGUGUCAGAGUAAUUAACAAUGACGUUAAAGCUGACAUUUUAAUCACUGGCUUUGGUUACAUGCAUGCUCAAAAUCAGAUUAUUAUCAGAUUUUUUGACUAUUACAUGAUUUUUCUGUUUACAUGUUAAUUUUGUUUUGAACACCAUCCUCCUGAAUCAGAUUUUGUGUUUUACAUGUGAUUUAAAUUAUCUCAAAGGUAGAGAAAUAAGAUCAUAAUCAGAGUUUGGUGUGCAUGUAAAUUUAGCCAUUGUUACUACUCUGAUAUCUGCUUAAGAUGUACUCUUUGUAUUAUUUUAUAUUGUAACUUGUGUUUGUCACGUUUGUCAGAAAUAGCUGUCUUUAUGUUUGUUGGGGCAUGUUAAUAAAUGUACAGCUCAAGUUUGAAAAUUUUUGGAUGUACUUAGUCAGUUUUACCACUAGGUUGCGCACUCUACAUGUGACCAUUUUAACUUUAAACUUUCUAUAUUGUUUGAAAACGCCACACAUACUAACAGUUCAUAUAUAAGAAAUUACUUUUUUAUGACAUCAAUCUUUGAUGAAUGUUCCUCUACUCUGCCGUUGUUUUCAUUAAUAAAAAUAAAAAAAGGCAAAGCAACGAAAAUAAUAGGAUUGCAAAAAUUCUAGCAAAUGAAAACACUUUAGUAUGACAAGCCCCAAUUUCACUGUAGCAGUUUAUUUAGACUUUUUAUGCACAUUUGCAAACUAAUAUUGUAUUGGUACAUUUAAAUGAUCCUCAUGAACACUUGUACAAGUUGUAAAAAGAAUUCAGGAACUCACUUCAGUGCUGCCCGACAGCUGAAAAUCAAUUAACAAAUUGGAUUUGCUAAUUUAUCAGUAAUAUAUGAGGUCAUUAACUAAGCAUUACUUUUAGGGGCUUACUAUGAGUUGUCCAUAUCAUCUACAAGAAACAAGCAAGAAAAUGAAUUCAU